AUGGAUCAGGCUACUACGUCGUCGCAGCUGGGUGAUGUGACCUUGACCAAUGACCUAGCCAAGAUACAUUAUAUCGCCGAGCAGUCGAUACGAAACGCUCAUUCUCGUGCAGAGCACAAAACAGCACCCCCCUGCCCCGACUUUGCGACGAAAUGGAAAGUCGAAAAAGCUCAAGUUCGAGCUCUGUAUACAGAGCGAGCAUCUGACCUAGCUUCUUCAGAUCAGUACAAGGGAGCACAGGUGGAUGAUACAGAAUUCGCCAAAGCACUCUACGCAAAACAUUAUGCGGAGUUGGACACCAAACGAGUUCCGUCUAUAUUCGCACUUCAGCUAAUCGCGUUCAGAGCAGCAGUGCAGAUGCUGCUCAGCUCUGGAAAAAUGUCCGGGUCACAGUCAGCUCAAGUCAAGAACGAAGGAACCGCCGAACUCUCGGAGAAGAAGAAAUGCAAUGUCGACAAUGUCACAGAUCAAGACGUACAGACGCUGGAAGCAGCUGUGGGAAAGGGUGUCAAGGCGCUAGAAAACAUAAACAAACUCUUCGGCGAAUUCGAUGACUGGAAUGAUGAACUCGAAUGGCUAACCAGGGUCAGCGAAACCCAAAUGAAGGCUCGCAAGGAAAAGGUCAUUAUUGGAGUUGUUGGAGGCACUGGAGCGGGGAAAUCGUCCUUGAUCAACGCGCUCAUAGACGAGAAAGAUAUUCUGACCACAGACUGCAUGCGAGCAUCCACAGCGGUCCCCGUCGAGGUCUCCUACAACAGUGGUUCACCGCAAUACAGAGCAGAAGUCCAGUUCAUUGAGCAGAAAGACUGGAUUCGCGAGUUAGAAAUCCUGUUUGCUGAGCUUCGUGACCAUUCGGAGGAAUUGGCUCGUGGCGAGGUGCUGAAGGAUGCCGAGGCGGCAGUCGCCUUGGACAAGAUCAUGGCUGUAUACCCGGCUUUCGAGCGGCAGAAACUCUCCGAAUCCACACCCACCGAGCUUCUCGAGGACACGAGAAUUACCAAAAUGCUGGGACAAACCAUCGACAUUGAAGAGAACAACUCGAAGAAGUUUGCUCAGAGUCUCAAGUCAUACAUCGACAGCAAGGGCAAGAAGAGGGAAAGGCCAAAGUCGACAACUAUGAAGACAGCCUCUGGCCUGCAUCCCGACUCAGUAGAGGACAUGGAGCUUGCUGAUCGAGGUAUUGGGCUUUGGCCUCUCGUUCGCGUUGUCCGGGUCUUUGUUCCAGCCAAGGCGUUGUCCACGGGGGCUGUUCUAGUUGACCUUCCAGGGAUAUAUGAUUCUAAUGCAGCUCGCGUGGCAGUAGCAAACGACUACAUGAAGUGUUGCUCUGCACAUUGGAUUGUCGCGCCUAUCAAUCGUGCGGUAAACGACAAAGUCGCUCGCGAUUUGUUGGGCAAGAACUUCAGAGCACAGAUGCACAUGGAUAACGCAUUCAGUGAUAUUACGUUUGUCUGCUCCAAGACCGAUGAUAUUGCCCCGACAGAAGUGGCGCAAUCUCUAGGGCUCGAGCUACCAGAUAUUGACGGUGUAGGUGCAUUCCCGGAAAGACUUGAGACUCUGAAGAUUCAGCUGCAAGCACACAAAGAUUGCUUAUCACAGAUUGCUGACAAGAUCGACGCCACUGAAGAAGAGAUCGAGGAACUUGAAGAGCGGUUAGCAGAAGAUUUCGAUCUCGAUGCAGCGUCUCUGCUUAGUCCACAAAAAAGGAAGAGAGCCAGUACCGCUGGGGACUCGCGGGAGGAGUUGCUUGCGAGCACGGCUGUUUCUGAGAAUAUAGGAGACGAAGAUGAAGACAAAGAUGAAGCCUCUGAACUAGUGCGCCAGCUGCACGAACUGGGGGCCCGGCGCAAAGCGCUCAACAAACAACGACGCAAGAUCCAACGGGAGCUCGAGGUAUGCCAAAGAACUGAAUUUGACGACCUCCGGUCGUGCAUCAUGGCUCGGAAUGACUUCUCAAAGCAUGAGAUCAGACAUGAUUUCGCUCGAACUGUCGCAGGCUUAGAUCUAGAAGACGAACAGCUGGAUGGUAACCCUUCUCAAGCUCCACUCCGGGACUACGGCGAACUUGAGCGAGAUCUUUCCGUGUUUUGUGUGUCUACUAAAGCGUACCAAGGGCUGCGCAGCAAUUCGGCACGGAACUGCCGGGUUUUGGGGUUCUCGCAACUGGAACAAACAGAGAUUCCUGCUCUCCAGCAGUACUGCAUUGCACUGACUCGCAAAUCGCGAGAGAAAACUGCACGGCGGUUUUUGGUGGCGCUGAAUGUGCUCCUUCAAUCGAUGUCAUUAUGGUCCUCACCGGCUACGGAAACCUCUGCCAAGAGAAGAGGUGAAAUUGAGGCCGGGUUCCGCGGCGCUUUACACGACCUAACUGAGGCCCUGGAAAAAUCCCGAGAUGCUUGCAUAUCUGCUAGCCGGAGUAUCAUCCAACAACAGAUCACCGGACACCUGGACCGAGCAUGGCGUCACGGUCAUAAGGAGUAUUCAUCGACGGUCGCGGGCUGGAAUGCCUCUUCGCGCGAAGGAGGUUUCCAUUGGGUUACCUAUCACGCGCUCUGUCGUCGGCAGGGCGUUCACAAGACCUUCAACUUGAAUGAUCAGAUAGCAUACCCGAUGAUUUCAAGAACCAAACCGGGAUGGCGCAAGGCAUUUGAAGGUCUAUUGCCGGAUGCAUAUCAGCAGCUGGGUGAAGAUCUGAAGCUGGCCUUUAGUCGCUUUCACUCCGAAGCCCUUCGAUGGGCCCAGUGGGAAUUGUCUCGGGCCACAAGCGAGCGACUCCAGCGCCGGUUGGUUGCUUUGCACGAGUCGAUAAACCAAGAAGUCGAGACCCUCGAAGAUUGGACGGACCAGGAGAAGCGAAAGGCGAAAAGUCGUUUCAGCGACAACGUUACUACGGGAUUUCAGGAGACCUACGAAGCCGGCGGUCAACAUAAAGGAACCGGCACCUUGCGAGCUAUCCGUAGAACGAUGUCGCAGCCUGCUGGAGAGAAAGGCAUCCCGGUGUUUCGCGAUGUCACAGACAAGGUAGGCCAGGCAUUUGAAGAAUGGCUGCGCGAACUGGAUAAAAAGCUCGAGCGCUUGGUCGAGGGACGAUUGCAGGAGGCCACGCAAGACUAUCAUUGUGCCCUUCUCGCACCACACCUCCGGUCCUGCUCGGAGGAAGAGAUGCGCCUCAAAGCCCGAACGUACGAUCUUAUCCGUGGCGUUGAGGUAGAGUUGCAGCUGGGGCGACUGUUGGAACUCGAUCAUCCGUCGGAGCUAGAGACGGCACCUCAAAUGGACCAGCCAGGAGCGGCGGCUACGGAGGACUACUGAAUCUGCUGCCACUCUCUAGAUAGUGGUCUGCAACGGAUGAGCAACGGGUCUAAAGCGAUCAUCGAACUUUGAUUGGAACGCACAGGCCAAGAUUGGGCCGGAGCGUGGCCUGUUGAUGGGGGUAAGGGGGGAAG